ACAUUGCGAAUCUGCUGUUGAGAUUUGCAGGUCAAUGAUAUCUAUCAGUCGCACACGAAAAUUGCCAACCGAUACCGCAAUUCGCCAUAUUUAUAUAUAUAUGUGAAUAUUUGGUCAUUCCAUGAGUGGAGUUUGGCCUCGGAGCUGGCAUUCAUUCUGUGGCAGUUUAUGAGCGAGCGCCCUUCUCCGCUGGAGAAAUUCGGAACUCGAUUGUCUUUAUCUCGGAACUCAUCAUUCUCAGAUCUUCUCUUUCCGGCAGUCGACGGCGAUGGAUUCCCCUUCUCUGAGGUUGGUGAAUUUCGAGGAUUCCAGUGUAAGGUUGGGAGUAUGGCGCUGUGGACGAAUAUUUCUCUCGGCGCGCGUGAGUCACCAUGACUCAAUCUGAACGAUAUUCCUUUGGGAGUAGCAAACCCAGCAGGUAGGGGUCGCUUCGGUCGCAUCAUGGCUGGUAAAUGCCCGCCCAAAGGCCAGGCCGUGCCGUAGGAGUUAUCUUGACCAUGGACUUGGAGCAAUACAAAGAAUGGGAGAAGACUCUUGGGGGUUUUUUGUCUUACCUGGGAAGCGGUAUUGUUUUCCAGUCAAAACGAAUCUCGUCGCCGGUGUAAGUUGAAAACUCGGACCGUUUGGACUCGACAUGCACUUGCUAUCUGUCAAAGCUAUCGGCGACCUGAUCUUGAGCAGAGAGCGUCGCGUCUCCUUCACUGGCUGGGGCGCAGAACUUCGAACCAAGCAUCUGUGAGCUACGGCAGAUGACAAGAUGAGCCCCAUGGUCAAGAAGAACAAGAACCUAACGACGCGCCAUCAGUUUUUACAGCAAGACCACAAACAAGAAGCCCCUGGAGCGCAGACUCUGAAGGCGCGUUUGAAGGAAAAGCCAGCGGUCGAUAAAGAUGCUGGUGGUGCAGCAACUCACGGGCCUAUUGACGCGUUCGGGAUUGUUGCUGUUGAACGGGAGCACUUUCGAUAUUGAACGGUCAAAAGAUGACGCUCUCUGAGGCUCUCAUCCUUGAUACCGUCUGGAUAAUUCACCGCACCCGUGGCCUGAUGGGAUCGAGGGAGUUCAGGCUUCGAUCGUUGUCACUGAGGCACUGCCUGAGCUCACUUCGAUCAAAGGACACACCUUUCAUCAGCGUUUAUUGAAGAGCAUUGUCUUUGAUGUGGAUAUUGAUCUUUUCACACGUCACCCCUCUGAAAGGAUCACUCUGAGAGGCAGUGAUCGAGGGCGACACAGUGAAUGAAAGUACGGAGUCUGUGAAAUCUCUGCAGUAUCAACAACAAUGCCUGCACUCUUCAAUUCACUGCGUCGACUGCACCAGGCUUCUGCCACGUCCUUCUCAACUUCUCUUCCACUUCCACUUCCUCUUUUCCAUUUCCACGUUCGAAAGACACGCUUCGCUUGCUACAAACAUCUCGUCAACUUGCCCAAAGCGUUUCUUUCCUCUAUUUCCUCUGCUCUUCGAUCUUCCCUUUCCCUCCGAUAACAAACUUACCUCCAAAAUGAAGACCAGCCAGGUUUUCCGCAUUUCGGCCCAGACCAAGGGCGCGACCUUCACGAGCCGAAUCAGCCAUGGCAUUUCAAAGCCAUUUCGUGCUCCGCCAUCACCAAAAUGGGAUGGCAAGAUUAUGAAGAAGGUGGCUGCCGCCGCCAAGUCAUCAUUCCACCGCGUCCCCCUCUCCAACUCCCCAAUCCCGGCCUUCAAAAAGACAACCAGACAAUCCCCACGCCUGGACUUGGAGCGUUGCCUCGAGGCAUUCCAAGCGGUCGUGUGUGCACAGAAAGAGCGGGUUCACAGAAUUGAACCAGGAAAGGAGGCAGCAGCAGCUGUCUCGCCACCAACCAGCCCUUGCCCAUUUGGGCGCCCGGAGAUAUACUACUCUACAGGGCUUCAGGGUGGGGACUCCGUCUGGGCUUGUCCCUGCUUUCGACCAACCUCAAGGACGACGUCCUGGGGCGCAACAGACCACUUGAGACGCCAAGAGGCGAUCAAGGAAGGUCGGCCGUUUCAAUGGCCACCACUCCGGUACCCAGAACCGGAGGCCGUGCCUGAGGAUGAGAGGUGUGCCUAUUGUCGGGGAUGGGCAACGCCUAUGGAUAUCGAUGACCCAUUGGAGUUGCUUCCAACGCACUCCGUGGGCGCAGAGGACUUUGACUAUGGCGAUCCAAUGGACCUCGACUAAUGGACAAUAUGAGUCCACUCCUCGUGAGAAACGAGGAUCAACCGGGUUUAUGGAGGACCACCUGAGUUGAGCUAAAAGAAUGCUCACCAGGUAAUAGUCAGUCCCACCUCAGGCACGGGCAGGUCGAUGCAGGGACUCUCGAUGGGGGCAGGUUGGAGACGACGGACUCCUUCUGCAGGCAGGAGGAGUUCCAUGAGGACGGUGUCAUUGCCAAGAUCGGGAAGGUGCAGAACCGGGAAGGGGGUGUAGGAUAGCGAGGACAAGACUGAAGAAAGCUUGCAGCGAAAGAGGAGGUUGGUUGUCAGGAAUUCGUCGUUGCCAACGUCGGGCAGGUGGAUGGAUAUGGAUGGGAGGGUACUUGAGAGGAGCAGCAGGCUUCCUUGAAGGAGCAACGCUCAUCUUUCCCCUAGAAAGAGGAGGAAUCACAGGACAUCAUGGGAAGAUGAGGCAGGACCUCGGGGGGUUUGAAAGCUGUUGGGACAAAGGCAAUGGCGGGCUGGGAUGAUUCCAGGGUGAUUGAUGAAUCUUUCCGCUUUGAUUUUGGUUGGAGCAGUAUGUGGUCGACUGCCAGUAACAGCAACCAAAAGGGUCAACUAGAUUUGCAGACAAAAAGAAUGUCAUUGAUUCC